AAACUCCAAAGAGCAUCUCAAUGACUUCACAAUUCAACAAACAAACAAACAAAAAUAAAACUUCUUCAACAUCAAUUUUGGUUGAAACAUGGAACACAUAAACCUCAUCAAACCAAACUAAUCAAAUUCUAGUAUUCCUCAAAAAAAUAAAAAUAACACAUCAUCAUCAUCAUUCAUCUAGCUAGCUAUCACACACACACUAAAACACUUUCUUAUAUUUUUUUAUGGCUUUUCUAAGUCAUAAUAAUACAAAUAAUUUCUUCAUAGCUAUACUCAUAUUUUGCAUCUUUCGUUCAUGUUUGAGUUCUAAUAUCAAAGACACCAUUACAUCAUCUACAUCAAUAAAAAACCAUGAAACAAUAACCUCAAACAACACUGAUUUCAAGCUAGGAUUUAUCACCACUUCAAUAAAUUCAACAAACCUUUACCUAGCAAUUUGGUACAUCAAUGAAACCAACACCAUUUGGAUUGCUAAUAGAGACCAACCUCUCAAAGAUUCAUCCUAUGGUUUUGUCACAAUUCACAAGGAUGGCAAUCUUGUAAUAAUGAACAAACAAAAGGGUAUUAGUGUUAUCCUAUGGUCAACAAAUAUUUCAUUCUCAAAUAGUAUCAAUUCAACAGCACAACUUGAUGAUUCAGGAAACUUGAUUUUGAGAGACAUAAAUAGUGGAUCAAAAAUUUGGGAUAGUUUCUCACAUCCUGCAGAUGCAGCUGUACCAAUGAUGAGAAUUGCUUCUAACAAAGUCACAGGUAAGAAAAUAGCUUAUGUUUCAAGAAAAAGUGCUUCUGAUCCUUCUUCAGGACAUUUCACAGCGAGUUUAGAAAGAUUGAAUGCACCUGAAGUUUUUAUUUGGUAUGAUAAUAGUCCUUAUUGGAGAACUGGUCCUUGGAACGGACGAGUUUUCCUCGGAUCACCAAGAAUGCUAACCGAAUAUUUAUUCGGUUGGCGAUUAGAUCACGACGACGAUGGAACUGAAUAUAUAACUUAUAAUUUUGCUAGCAAAACUGCUUUUGGAAUCCUUACUUUGACACCACAUGGAACACUUAAGUUGGUUGAGUUUGUUAACAAGAAGGAAAUUCUUAGUCUUGAGGUUGAUCAAAAUGAGUGUGAUUUUUAUGGAAAAUGUGGGCCUUUUGGUAAUUGUGAUAAUUCAACUAUACCAAUUUGUAGUUGUUUUGAUGGUUUUGAGCCUAAAAAUUUGGAGGAAUGGAAUUUGAGAAAUUGGACUAAUGGUUGUGUGAGAAAAGGAGAAUUGAAGUGUGAGAUGUUGAAAAAUGGAUCAUCAACUGAAUUUAAACAAGAUGGAUUUUUGGUGUAUCAUAACAUGAAAGUUCCUGAUUUUUCAGUGUCUAAUAAUGCAAAAGUUCCUGAUUUUUCUCAAAGAUCAGAUGGUGACCAAGAUAAAUGUGGUUCUGAUUGUUUGACUAAUUGUUCAUGUUUGGCUUAUGCAUAUGAUCCUUAUAUUGGUUGCAUGUAUUGGAGUCGAGAGUUAAUUGAUUUGCAAAAAUUUCCUUACGGAGGAGUCGAUCUCUUCAUUCGCGUUCCAUCAGAAUUUGUUGUAGCUAAAAAGGAAAAAAAACACAAGAGUGUUUUAAUCGUUGCCAUUGCUGGAGUAAUAGGAGCAUGUAUCUUGGUUAUAUGUGCUUAUCUUUUGUGGCGGAAAUGUACCGUCAGGCAUACAGGAAGCCAACCUCGAAACUUGAUUAUGAGAGAGCAGAAGCAAAUGAAAUUGGAUGAGUUACCAUUGUAUGAUUUUGAAAAGCUUGAAACUGCUACAAACAACUUUCACUUUGGUACAAUGCUUGGGAAGGGAGGUUUUGGUCCUGUAUACAAGGGAAUAAUGGAAGAUGGUCAAGAAAUUGCUGUGAAAAGACUCUCGAAAACUUCGGGACAAGGAUUAGAAGAAUUCAUGAAUGAAGUAGUUGUGAUUUCUAAACUUCAACAUCGCAAUCUUGUAAGACUUCUUGGUUGUUGUGUUGAAAGGGGAGAACAAAUGUUGAUUUAUGAGUUCAUGCCAAAUAAGAGUUUGGAUGCCUUUCUUUUUGAUCCACUACAAAAGAAAAUUUUAGAUUGGAAAAAGCGGUUAACCAUAAUUGAAGGAAUAGCUCGAGGUAUACUCUAUCUUCAUCGAGACUCGAGACUAAGAAUUAUACAUAGAGAUCUAAAAGCAAGCAACAUAUUACUUGAUGGCGAGAUGAUUCCAAAAAUAUCAGACUUUGGUUUAGCUAGAAUUGUUAAAGGUGGAGAAGAUGAUGAAGCUAACACAAAAAGGGUUGUUGGAACUUAUGGUUAUAUGCCGCCUGAAUAUGCAAUGGAGGGGCUUUUUUCUGAAAAAUCAGAUGUCUAUAGUUUCGGAGUUUUAUUGCUAGAGAUUGUCAGUGGACGAAGAAAUAGUAGCUUUUAUCACAGUGAAGAUUCACUUAGCCUUGUAGGCUUUGCCUGGAAACUAUGGUUAGAAGAAAACAUUAUAUCUUUAAUAGAUCCAGAGGUAUGGGAUCCAUGCUAUGAGAGCAGCAUGUUGAGGUGCAUACACAUAGGACUUCUUUGUGUGCAAGAACUUCCAAGAGAAAGACCAAGUAUAUCAACUGUAGUUUUAAUGCUCAUAAGUGAGAUUACACAUCUUCCUCCUCCAGGAAAAGUUGCAUUUGUUCAAAAGCAAAAUUCUCGAAGUGCAGAAUCUUCUCAAAAAAGUCAAUCUAACUCAAACAACAAUGUAACUCUGAGUGAAGUCCAUGGUAGGUAAACAAUAUGCAUGGGAUCAACAAUGUCAUUGUCAAACAAAAAAUAUUAUUGGAUCAUAGUUUACUCAAUUUUGUCAUUACAAGUUUAUUUCCUAUUUAUUAAUUUGGGAAGAAAACUUCUUGUAUCACCCUAAAUUGUUCCUAAAUAUAAUAAUACAUUUUUUAUAAAAAAAUAUGUAUAUAAUACAUCUACAAUUUAUAUAUGUAGUAUAAUUCACUUGAGUCCCCAA